AUGGGUUCGCAUUCAAAGGGUCGAUUUAAAGCAUGCACUGAGGAUAGGAUCAGUGGAUUACCAAAUGAAAUUCUUUGCCACAUUCUUUCCUUCCUUGAAACAGACGUGGUUGUAAAGACCAGCUUUUUAUCACACAGGUGGAAGAAUGUGUGGACUAAAGCUCCUACUAUAACUCUAUGGGAUUUCGAUUAUCGAAAUAGUUUUUAUCGAGAUCGCUUUGGGGAAUUUGUGGAUCAUGUUCUGUUAUCGCAUGGCUCGUCAGACAUCCAUACAUUCCAACUUCAUUGUUCUGAAUUUGAGGAUGAUUCUCGGUUUGAUGCUUGGAUUUGCGCCGCGGUUGAGCGUAAUGUUGUUGAACUGGAAUUUUCUGUUCCGUGUUAUCUUUGUGAGGAGUCCAGGAUGGAUUGGGAAGACUGGCUCUAUGAGUUUCCAAGAAGCCUUUACAUGUGCAAAACAUUGGUGGUUUUGAAGCUGAGGCUGCUAUCAGUUAUUACCAUCACUCCCACCUUAGAUUGUUUCCCAAGGUGUCCACCGCCGACAGCAGUGACUAAUCCCUUUCGCUGCGGGAGCUCUCCCAAAGGAGGUAAACAGCUGGCCACGAAAUGUGCUCCAUUCCCAUGGGCGGGGAUCGAACUCCCAACCUCAUGGUUAAGGGAUGAGGUGAGCUACCACCACACCACAUCUCAUGGUUCUGCUGUCUCUGUGCAUAACCCGUUCGCCGAACUUCUCAAAGUUAAAGAUCUUCCACUUUCAGCUAAAAUUUUGGGGGAAAGACUUCGUACUCCAUGUACCCUAUGUAUGGUGUCCGUCAAUGUGGGUACCUAUUUGCUUGUCAUCAUGCCUCAAGACCAUUUGCAUACGGGGAUUCAAGGGACGGCCGGAUGA